AUGAGACAAAUACAAGGUCAUUUUGUUGUGGUUGGCAACAACAUAGACAUUGACUGUCAUCAUUGAUUGAUUGUAGAAAAAUUUUUUUUUCUUUCAGUAUAAAUUUACAUUGAAAGUUACAAACCAUCAUCAUUAUAUAUAUUGUUUUGUGGUUAAAUAUUCAUCUUUCAAUCUUUAAUAGAAAAAAAAAAAUGAGCGAAACAAAACCAAUUCUUGGCUAUUGGGAUGCACGUGGUCUUGGUCAAGCCAUACGUUUAUUAUUAACAUAUGCCGGUGUUGAUUUCAUCGAUAAACGUUAUACUGUUGGUCCACCACCAAAUUAUGAUCGUUCACAAUGGUUGAAUGAUAAAUAUAAUCUUGGAUUAGAUUUUCCAAAUUGUCCAUAUUAUAUUGAUGGUAAUGUAAAAUUAUCACAAUCAUUGGCCAUUAUUCGAUAUAUUGCACGUAAACAAAAAUUAAUUGGACAAAAUGAACAUGAAGAAAUACGUGCAUCAUUAGCUGAACAACAGAUUAUCGAUAUGAAUAUGGCUAUUGCACGUAUUGCAUAUAAUCCAAAUUGUGAAAAAUUGAAACCAGAAUUUCUUAAAUCAUUACCUGAACAAGUGGAAUUAUUGUCAAAAUUUCUUGGCGAUCAACCAUUCAUUGCCGGUGCAAACAUUUCUUAUGCUGAUUUGCUAUAUGAAUAUCUAACUAAACUUAAGAUACUAGUGCCAGAAGUUUAUGAUAAAUUUGAAAAUCUUAAAAAUUAUGAACGUAUUGAAGCAUUGCCAAGAGUUUCGGAAUAUAUUAAAAACAACAACCAAAAAGCUUUUCAUGGUCCAACAUCAUUAUGGAAUGGUACAUAUGCAUGAGAAACAACAACCGUUGUUCCAAGAAAUUGAUACAAUUUUUCUGCAUGAAUUUUAUCUCAAUUUUUCCCGUAAAUCAAUAAAAUGAUUUUGAAACAUUUUUUUCCUA